UAUGGAUAUAGUAAUUUCAAAAAAUCAACAUUGCAUUUUUUUUAAAUUUUUGUAGUCGUUGAGUGAGUAAAAUUUUAUACCUUAUAUAGACUUUUUAUAAAAAAGACAAUUAUUUGAAUUAUAUUUUAAGUCUAAAACAUGUCUGAAAGAAAAGUGUUAAACAAAUACUAUCCACCGGAUUUUGAUCCAUCAAAAAUACCCCGUAUGAAACUACCAAAAAAUCGCCAAUAUACUGUACGUCUAAUGGCUCCAUUCAAUAUGAGAUGUAAAACUUGUGGAGAAUAUAUUUAUAAAGGAAAAAAGUUUAACGCUAGGAAAGAGGAUGCUGAAAAUGAAGAUUAUUUGGGUAUUCGCAUUUACCGUUUCUACAUAAAAUGUACACGUUGCUUACAAGAAAUUUCAUUUAAAACUGACCCUAAAAAUACCGAUUAUGAAAUUGAAGAAGGUGCGACACGGAAUUUCAUGGCUUUGAAACUUGCCCAAGAACAAGAAAAAAGGGAAGAAGAUGCUGAAAAAGAAGAAGAAGCCACAAAUCCAAUGAAAUUAUUGGAGAACAGAACUCAACAGUCUAAACAAGAAAUUGAACUUAUGGAAUCACUUGAAGAACUUAGAGAUUUAAAUAGACGCCAAGGUAAUGUUGAUUAUGAUUCCAUGUUACUAAAAUAUAAUCCUACCGAGUUAAAAGAACAGAUAAAAAAAUUACAAGACGAAGAAGAUGAAAGGUUAGUUCAGACAUUAUUAGUCAAUAAACGUAAAAUUGAAGAAGAUUUAGAUGAGGUGAAAAGUAUUAAUGUUGCAUUAAUUCCAAGUACUCAACCAUCUCUUAAAAAAAAACCUACAAAAUUAAAUAAUUUAAAACUGGUUAAAAUCAAUAAUUCUUCUAAUGUACCUAAACAAACUUCCAGCUCAUUAUCACUAAUUGGCAAUUAUUCAAGUAGUGAUGACUCUAAUUAAAUUUAAUAUUUAAAUUAAUCAAAUAUUAAAUUAUUAAAUUCAACAUAUUUUCAAAUAUAUGUACAAUGUAAUAUUAUAAUUGUUUAUUAUAUUCUUUAUUUUUAA